AUGCCGACUGUAAAAGGCAAGAAGAAGAAACCAAAGAAGGAAGCGAGUCAAGAGGAUCCUCCAGCAGAAGUUGCCGUGGAGAUGGAGGAAGCUAAGAACAGGAAGAACUCCCAAAGCACAGAGCGUUUGACCCCUGACCCCUGCGACCCCGCGCCGCACAAGAAGAAGAAGAAAAAGAAAACACCCACCAUCGAUCUGGAGACGGAGCCUGACAUUCCGAACGGGGAGCUGAAUGAUCACACUGAGGAGGAGCCGUCUGUCCCUGUGACCAAGAAGACCAAACGCAAGAGGAAGGCCCGUACCACAGACAGCUGCAGUACCGACCUUCUAACAGAAGAGGAUGACAUAGUGGAGUCGCGUUCUCCCCCUCUGCCUUUGCCCUCUGUCCUCUCGGCUGCUCAGGCUCACAGCCAGGGCUCCGGCCGGGUCUUUGUGGAGAGGCAUCGUCGUUUCCAGCCGGAGCAGAGGCACUCAGACCUGAUGGAGGAGUACAUGGACCCUCGAGCCAACUGGAGCACCAGGGAUGUGGCUUUGAGGAUCCACGGUGGAUUUAGAGUAUUGGGUCUGUUCUCUCACGGGUUCCUGGCUGGUUUCUCGGUGUGGAACAUCAUCGUGGUGUAUGUUCUGGCUGGGGAGCAGAUGACCACUCUGUCUAACCUCUUGCAGCAGUACCACACUCUGGCCUAUCCCGCCCAGUCUCUGCUCUACCUGCUGCUGGCCGUCAGCACCGUCUCCGCCUUCGACAGGGUGAAUUUGGCCAAAGCGUCGAUGGCUCUGAGGGGCUUUCUGACCCUUGACCCUGCAGCCCUGGCCUCUUUCUUGUACUUUGUGGCUCUGAUUUUGUCCCUGUCUCAACAAAUGACCAGCGACCGCAUCAACCUGUAUCCUACGGCCAACGCGACUCUGUGGCCUACUGGUUCCGAGCAGCAGAUCCUGAGGCCGUGGAUCGUGGUGAACCUGGUGGUGGCGCUGUUGGUGGGACUGGCCUGGGCUGUGGUCUCCACCCGACCGGACAUCGACUACACAGAAGAUUUUUUGGUGACGAUGGAAGUGGAGGGGUAUCCACGAGGAGUAGAGGAGAGCCAGGACAUCCCGGCUUAA